CCGUCCUGCGUGAAGGUAACCAUGAAGAAGUUCACCGUGCUAGCUGCCACCGCGCUGCUCCUGCUGCUGGGGCAGGUAUCCUCCACCCCGGUCGAUCCACGAUCGGUCGACUGGUCGGUGGUGCGUACGCUCCACCAAACCGAUGCCAUCCGUGCCAAGCAGGGCCUGGCGCCCCUAACGGACGACCAGGUACGAUCGUCGCGCAUCUCCGAGGGACAGAUCGCGACCGCCACCCAGUUCCCGUGGGCGGUCGGUGUGCUCAUCUCCGGUUCGUCCUCGCACAGCUUCUGCAGCGGUGUGCUGAUUUCGCCACGCUUCGUCCUAACCGCUGCCGUGUGCAUUUCCGGCUCCAACACGCUGACGAUCCUGCUCGGUGCUUCGGACAUGACCCGCGUCGAGGAGUUCAUCGGUGUGUCGAACAUCCUGUCCCAUCCGAACUACAGCUCGUUCUUCAACCGGGAUGACAUCGCGAUCCUGACGCUGUCGAGCCCGGCCCCGAUCCGCAACACGAUCCGGCCGAUCGAUCUGCCUCGCUGGAGCGAUGCGGGCAACAACUUCAACAACUGGGCGGCGACGACGGCCGGCUGGGGCAAUACGGGGCGUCGCGAGAACGAACCCAUCCCCAUCCCCAAUCUGCACUUUGUGGUCGAUUCCGUCAACUCGAACUUUGUCUGCGGACUGUCGCACACGUUCAUCCGCGAUACGCACAUCUGCACCUCGACCGACAAUGGCGGACCGUGCAAUGGCGAUGAAGGUGGUCCAGUGACCGUUACCGAGAGUGGCCGCACGUUCCUUGUGGGCAUUCACUCGUUCCACUUCUCCGGGCUGUUCGGAUGUGAUCGUGGCCGGUCGGCAGUGCACACGCGCAUCACGGAGUAUCUGGGCUGGAUCCAGGACAACACCGAUGUGACCAUUCACUCCAACACCCUGACCGUGCUGCUCGGUGCGUCGGAUAUGAAGAGCGUGGAGGAGUUCAUUGGUGUGUCGAACAUACUGUCCCACCCGAACUACAGCUCGUUCUUCAACCGGGACGAUAUUGCGAUUCUUACGCUUGCGCAUGAGGCUCCAAUUCGCGACACGAUCCAGCCGGUUGCACUACCGCGCCGCAGCCAGAUCGGCAAUGACUUUAACAGCUGGGCAGCGACGACGGCCGGCUGGGGUAACUCGGGACGCCGUGACAAUGAGCCCAUCCCGAUCAUGAAUCUGCAGUUCGCCACCGAUGCGGUGACGUCUAACUUCCGCUGCGGGCUGUCGCAUACGUUUAUCCGUGGCACGCACAUCUGUACCGCGACGGACAACGGAGGAGCGUGCAAUGGCGACGAAGGUGGUCCAGUAACGGUUACCGAAAGUGGGCGUACCUUCCUGAUUGGGAUCCAUUCGUUCCACUUCUCAGGGCUGUUUGGAUGUGAUCGUGGCCGGCCAUCGGUGCACACACGCAUCACGGAGUAUCUGGACUGGAUCCAGCAGAACUCGGACGUCGUUGUAGAGCCCCAGCGAACGAUGCGAUUCCUAUCAGCAGUUGCCCUACUGGGGCUGACGAUCGUCAGCGUCGUUGCCUGCGUCUCCGGCGAGGGAACGAUUACACGUCUGGAAGAUAUCAACUGGGCUGAGGUGCGUCCGGUACAGGAAAGCCCUUUGUUCAAGGCUAAGCGGGCGGCCAGCUUCGUCGAACGGUAUUUGGAACGGGCGGACCCUGCUCCGGAGCGCACUGGUCGCAUCAACAACGGUGUCGUCGUCGGUCCGACCGACGUGCCGUACAUUGUCGGUGUGCUGGUGUCGGUCGAGCAGGGAACAUACUUCUGCGGAGGUGUACUGGUGUCUCGCACGCACGUCCUCACCUCGGCGACGUGUGUCGAAGGCCAGACGUCCAUUACGGUGCUGCUGGGUGCGAGUGAUAUUACGCGCGCGCAGGACUUUGUCGUCGUGAGUCAUGUGCGGGUCCAUCCGGACUACAGUUCCUUCUUCCAGGCGAACGAUCUCGCCAUUCUGACCCUUUCCCGCAUGCCACGGUUUAACGAUCAAAUUCAACUGGCACGUCUUCCCCGCCGGUCACAGGUGGGUGAAUCGUUUACGAACGUUUGGACCACCAUCAGUGGCUGGGGUGAGACGGCUUCCAACACUGGCGAGGCACUACCAAUGCAGCAGCUUCGUUCGGUGCGCUCGCAGGUGAUCUCCAACUUUAGCUGCACGAUCAGCUUCCCACUUUAUCUGAGAUCUUCCAAUGUUUGCACCUCAUCGGAUGGUGGAGCACCCUGUGUGGGUGAUGAAGGUGGUCCAGUAACGAUCGUGGAGGAGGACGGACAGUCGACCGUGAUCGCCAUUCAUUCGUACACGUACUCGCGGGGAUGCACACGCAGCUGGCCGGCGGUUCAUACGCGCGUCACCGACUAUCUCAACUGGAUUGAGAUCUACACUGGAGCGAGCAUUCGAGCGUAACCUAAAGACACGGAGCAAGAAGUACAAAAUGUUUUUGCGUUUGCGAAUAAAUUUUAUUUGAU